AUGGCAUCCAAAGCAACACCGGGAAUUCUGUACGUGACAAUGCAGCCCAAAGAGGGGCUGCCAGAAGCUCAAUUCCACGAUUGGUACCAGAACGAACACGGCCCCAAUCGGCUUCGGCUGUCCUUUUGCAAAAACGGAUUCCGGUACCGGGCGAGCGACCUCGAAGAUGCGACGGGCGGCGGGUCCAAAGACAAGCCCGAGUGGAUGGCCAUUUACGACUUUGACGAGCUCGAAUGGCUGACGCGCGAACCGUACAUGAGACUGCGCAGUGCGCCGGUGCAGUCGCAGCGCGAACGCGAUACUAUGAAGCAGAUCUUCGUGGACCGGCGGUCGUACGACUUGCUGCGCGAGUGGACGGGCAGCGACUUCAAGGACCUGCAAAAGGUGGAGCACGAAGGCGAGCCGAACGUCAUGAUUGCCGUGAGUUUCUCGCUGCAAGACGGCGCGGGCAAAGAGGAAGAGCUGCGCAAGUGGUACGAAGAAGAGCAUGUACCGCUGCUGCAAAAAGUGCCUGGAUGGCGCCGCACCCGCCGCUUCGUCACGUCGUAUCUGGAUGUCGAGAGCGGCCACAGGACCGAGAGGGAGUUCCUCGCGCUGCACGAGUAUGCGCCGCAGAACGGGCUUGGGGGCCCGGAGUUCAAGGCGGCCACUACAACCGCCUGGUGCGACAAGAUAUACAAAGAUGUGGUUCGCGACAGGAAGAGGAGGGUGUACAGUCUCUACUACACGUUUGGCGCCGCUCAACGCGACCUCCAGAGCCUCGCGAGCAAAGACGCUGUGCCGGCUGAGAACACAGAGGGCCUGGUGAAGACGCAUCCAGCACAUACGACACCGGAGCAGCGGCCUGUGAUUGAAAGCUUCGUCACGACGGCCGACGGCGUCAAGCUGCCGUACCGACUCGAAGGCUCCAGCGACGCCAAUGCGCCUCUGCUAGUCCUCAUCAACAGCAUCCUCGUCGACUACAGCAUCUGGGACGACUUUGUCAGCGAAUUCCUCAAACUCACAGCCACCAAGUACCGGGUGCUGCGGUACAAUUCUCGAGGCCGCAACGCGUUACCCGCAGACUCGCACUCGCCCAUCACAGUGCACACGCUCACGCACGACGUCAUCACACUGCUGGAUGCGCUGCGCGUCAAAACCGCCUCGGCCGUCGGCGUGUCGCUGGGCGGCGCAACGGCACUCAACGCAGGUCUCUCGCACCCGUCGCGCAUCACGGCCUUUGUAGCGUGCGACACCAACGCAUUUGCGCCCGCCAGCAACGCCACAGCAUGGAACGAGCGCGUCUCCAUGGCCGAGCAAGAAAACCACAUGUCCCCCACGACCGGUGAAGCCCUCGUCGGCACUCAACUCGCAGAAGCCACAGUACGCCGCUGGUUCGCCGCGUCGUCGUACGCCGACGCCGCGCUAGCGCACAAGAUCGCCGCCGUCAAACUCAGCGUAACGACAAACUCGCUGCCGGGCUUCCGCGACUCAGUCAAGGCCCUGCAUCACUACGACAUCAGAGACAAAAUGCCCGAGUUCGCCGGUAAAGCCGCGUUUCUCGUUGGCGCCCAGGAUGGCGUCUUGCCAAAAACCAUGAAGGAGAAUAUGGCGGAGAAGUUGGGCAAAGACGGUGUCGAGCUCAAGGUCGUGCAGAAUGCUGGUCACCUGCCUAUGGUCGAGCAGCCGGGUGAAGUGGCGCGGUUUGUGGCAGACUUCCUUGAGACUUGUUCAUGAGCCUAUCAGUCUGCCUAUCAGUUAGUUUGCUUGCUUGUAUGUUAAUUUUCUCUCCUUGUCGUCGUCGUCGUCGUUG